AUGGAUGGCACGCUCCUCAACAGCGCCAGCAAGAUCGCUCCAUCCACAGCGGAGGCACUGAGAGCAGCACACGCCAGGGGCGUGCGCGUGGCCAUAGCCACGGGGAAGGCGAGGCCAGCUGCCAUGUCCGCCCUGGGCGCUGCCGGGCUGGUUGGUGCUGCUGGCAUCUUCAGCGACAAGUCCCCGGGGGUGUUCCUGCAGGGUCUGAGGGUUUAUGGCAAGGGAGGCCAGGUGGUGCACAACGCGCUGCUGCCCAGCGAGGUCACUCAGGAGGGCUUUGAGUUCGCUCUGAAGCACGGCAAGGCGCUGAUUGGCUUCUGCGGGGACCGCUGUGUGACACUUGUCGAUCACCCAUUGGUGGAGGCGCUGCACACCAUCUACUACGAGCCACGGGCGGAGGUGAUGCCGAGUGUGCACCACAUCAUUAACGAGACCCCCAUCCAGAAGUUACUCUUCUACGACACGCCGCAUGGCAUUGACGGCUUCAUUCGUCCUUUCUGGUCGGCCGCUACAGCCGGCCGUGCUACAGUGACCCAGGCAGUGCCAGACAUGCUGGAGAUCCUGCCGCCCGGGCAAUCCAAGGGGGCGGGAGUGCGAGUGCUGCUGGACCAUCUCAAGCUCUCUGCUGAGCAGGUUAUGGCGAUUGGAGAUGGUGAGAACGAUCUUGAAAUGAUUGAGAUGGUGGGUUGGGGAGUGGCUAUGGCGAAUGGUUCCGAGAAGACCAAGGCUGUUGCCAAGGCCACAGUUGCAAGCAACGACGAAGAUGACCUUGUCGAGGUGCACUUAGUUAAAGAAAUCUCUUCUCGCUCCGACUCGUUCUUCGAGGCCCUGGAAAAACUGGAAGAUCUGAACCGUGGGAUCGUGGAGACGUGCGAUCGCAUCCGUCUGUUGCGCGGCACGGUGGGGAUGCUGGACGAGGAUCUGCUGGAAGGAUCGCGGAAGCUGCAGUCGACCAAGGUUCGGCGGGAGAAUCUGCUGCAGCUGCAUCAGAAGCUGAAGCUGGUGGCAUUCGUUCACCAGGCCAUGGCGACAUUGAAGCUGCUGGUGUCCUCGGGCGACUGUGCGGGCGCGUUAGACGUGAUGGACGACUUGAGGCGCCUCAUGGAGGGGCAGGAGCUGGCCGGGCUGCACUGCUUCCGCCCCCUCAACGACCUCCUCCUCUCCUCCUCCGACGCCGUCAACAGCCUCCUUACAGCUGACUUUGUCCGGGAAGCAGUGCACGAUGAUGCUGACGUGGCGCCUUCCGCCAUAGUCACCAGCUUCAACCUGCAGAAGAGCGUGCCCCCAGCUGCAACGCUGCUCUCUAUAGUCAACCUCGAGCGGGAGGGCAUGGAGGAGAGGGAGGCUCGCCUGAGGGAGCAUCUGCUGCCACUCGUCAUCAGCCUGCUGCGAACGUCGCGCCUGCCGGCAGUGCUGCGGGCCUAUCGGGAUGCAGUGAAUGUGGACAUCAAGGCGGCCGUGAAGACGGUGGUGGGCGAGCUGCUGCCGCUGCUCUUCCUGCAGCACGCCGCCGCUGCUGCUGCUGGCGGGGCGCCGGGUGGUGCAGGAGGAGAGGGGGGCGACGCUGCAGCCGAUGCCCUCAAUGCGCCAUCGCUCGCCCUCAAGCUCCGUGCACUUGCCCCCCCUGCCUUUGUCCACUUGCUGCUGGCCGUCUUCUCUGCCGUCCAGACCCGCCUCGUGCGGGCGGCAGCCGUUCGGAACGUAGUUUCUGGCAUUGCCACCGCCGGAGUUGCGGCCGGUGCUGCAGCUGCGGCUGCCGAGCCUGCCGUGGGGUACGAGGCUGCUGCCGUGGCUGCGGCGUUUGCUUCGGGGGCAGAGCUAGUGGUGGCUGCCGAGGCUGCUGAGUCAAAGCUGUUGGGGAGGAAAGGGGUGGGGAAAGGCUUGGGAGGGGGAGGGGCGGCAGGAGGCGUUGGGGGAGCAGCUGGGAGCGGAGAGGCAGCAGGGGGCGAUGUGAGCAGCGUGACUGCUUUAGCCACGUCCAAACAGCUCAGAGCGGACGUGCUGAGGGAGAAUGCAGAGGCAGUGAGCGAUGCAUGCGAGGUGGCGCACGGGAGGUGGGCGAAGCUGCUGGGUGUGCGAGCACAGGUGCACCCGAAGCUGUCGCUGAGCGACUUCGUGGACAUGUAUGCUGUGACUUCAGACUUCAUCGCAUCAACGGAAAGGGUGGGCGGCAGGCUGGGCUACAGCAUACGGGGCGCGCUACAGUCGCAGGCCAAGGCGUUUGUGGAGACACACCACUCAAGAGAGAUGGCGCUCAUCCUCUCACUGCUCAACAAGGAGACAUGGACGGCUGUGGAUGCCACUCCUCACACUCAAGCCCUCGUCGACUUCUUUUGCACUUUCCUGGAUCCUUCUGCCGAAGCCGCUGCUGCUGCCGCUGCUGAUGCGGCUGCUGCUGUUGCUGCUUCUGAUGCUGCUGCUGCUGCUACUGCUGCUGCUGCUGAUGCCGCUACUGCUGCUGCUGCUGCUGCUGCUGCUGCUGCUGCUGCUGCUGCUGCUGCUGCUGCUGCUAAUGAGGCCGCCGCUGCUGCUGCUGCUGAUGCUGCUGCUACUGCUGCUGCUGUUAAUAUGGCUGCUGCUUCUGAUGCUGCUGCGGCUGCUGUGGAUGGCUAUAGGGCUGCAGAUGAGGCCGCGCGGGACACUGCAGCGGCCAAUGGGCCGAUGACAGGUGGCGGUUUAGCACAGGCUGGGGAUGGUCUGAGGGAAGAUGGGGCACAAGAAUCGGUGCAGCUAGAGCAGGCAGCAGAGGGUGAUAUGAGUGAAGGGCAAGGGCAGGCGAAUGCCAGAAGAAGGGACGGUAGUGUGGCGACUGAGGGAGGGAGAAGAGAAGGUUGCGAGGGUGGAACGGAGGUUGGUGGAGAUGGGGUAGGUGUCAUGGGGCAAGGAGGAGCAACAGGAAGAGGGGAGGCUGAGACGGUAGGGGCGGAGGGGGUGGAGAAGGGAGGGGAGUUGAGGAGGGAGGGAGGUGAGGGAGAAGCAGAGGGGUUGCAGCGAAGGGAGACGGUGCCAGGUGCAGCUGCUUCGGCUGCUGCAACCGCUGCUGGGGAGGCACCACCUGUUGCUGCUGUAGCACCUGCACCACCAACGGAAGCAGCAGCGCCAGCAGCAGCUUCUUCUGCUGCUGCUGCUCCUGCUGCUGCCUCUCCUGCGCCUGCCUCUCCUGCUGCUGCUGCUCCUGCUGCUGCUGCUGCCUCCCCUGCUUCCCCUGCCACUGGAUCGGCAGAGGGGCCGAAGGCACAGAAGAGGGCAGCUGUGAAGACUGUCGUGUGCCGGGGAGUGAAAUACCAUGUCACUGGCAGUGCAUGCACGCUGCUCUCAGUCACUCGCGAGUACGUGGCAGUGGCGGAGGCGCUCCCCUCGCUGGCAGGGGAGGUGGUGCAGCGACUGGCCGACGUGCUGAAGCUCUUCAACUCGCGCACCUGCCAGCUCGUGCUGGGUGCUGGCGCCAUGCAGGUGUCAGGGCUGAAGACCAUUACAGCGAAGCACCUCGCACUCUCCAGUCAAUGCAUCUCCCUCGUCUAUGCUCUUAUCCCCGACCUGCGGCGCAUUCUCUCUGCAUUCAUCCCGGAUGCGCGGCGAGGGCUCGUCAUAACGCACCUCGACCGUGUGGCUCAGGACUACAGGGUGCACAGGGACGAGAUCCACAGCAAGCUGGUGGCGAUCAUGAGGGAGCGCCUGCUGGUGCACAUGCGCUCGCUGCCCGCAGUUGCUGACACCUAUUGCCGCCCGGACGACUCCCCUGCCGAGCAGCAGCCCUCCAACUUCGCUCGCGCCCUCACCAAGGAGGUGGGCGUGCUGCAUCGCAUCCUCUCCCCUCUGCUGCUCGAGGCCGACCUUCGCUCCAUCUUCUCGCGGGUGGUGGCACUGUUCCACGUGCAGCUCGCCGACUCCUUUGCCAAGAUCGACACACCCACACCGCAGGCCAAACGCAGCAUGCAGAGCUACACUUUCUUAGCAAAGCUUCUCCAUGCUUUUCCCUGUGCCUUCAUUGAGCUGUACAGAAUGUACCGGGACGUGGAUCUCAUUCUACAGUGCAUGCGGUCGUUGCCUGGUAACCCGCCAACAUCCUCUUUUGACGGGCGGCAGAGAGAGCUUGACCAGUUUGUGCUCUCUAGGUUUGGAAACAGUGGCCCCCCUCCAUGA